AUGAACAGUUGGAGAAAUCAGACAACGGGAACUGAGUUUGUCCUUUUGGGACUGUUCUUCCAUAUCCAAGCCCCCAAGCUUCUCUUUACAUUUAUAUUCCUGGUGUUUCUCAUAGCCAUUUUUGGUAAUAUUGUAAUGAUGAUCCUCAUUUGGUUGGAUAUUCGACUUCACACCCCUAUGUACUUCCUUCUGAGCCAAUUAUCUUUCAUGGACCUCUUGUAUAGCUCUACCUUUGUCCCCAAGAUAGCUAUUGACUUCCUAUCUGGGAGAAACACCAUUUCUUUUGUUAACUGUGCAAUUCAACUGUUCCUCUUUAUGGUCCUUGUGGGAGCAGAGUGCCUUCUCCUGGCUGUCAUGGCUUAUGACCGCUAUGUGGCAAUAUGUCAUCCACUUCAUUAUGCAGUUCUCAUGCGCCCUGCAGUCUGUGGACUCAUGGUGAUUGGAACUUGGUUGGGAGCUCUGCUUAAUGCCUUGGUCCAUGCUAUAUAUAUUUUAAAUCUUCCCUACUGUGCCUCCAGGGAAAUACAUCAUUUCUUUUGUGAGAAUGUAGCUCUCCUAAAACUUGCUUGUGUAGACACCUCUCAAUAUGAGGAGGGUCUCUUUUUCAGUGGUGUCGUGUUCCUCCUCAUUCCAAUAUCAGCCAUCAUGGUCUCCUACGGAAAAAUUCUUUCAACUGUUUUGGGAUUAGGAUCAAAUUCAGGGAUGAAAAAGGCUUUGGCUACAUGUUCUUCCCAUAUGAUUGUGGUGUGUCUUUUCUAUGGAACAGCCAUUAUGAAGUAUGUUCUUCCCAAAGCCUAUCACACAGCUGAGCAGGAUGAAGUUCUUUCCGUCUUCUACACUCUCCUUACACCCAUGCUUAAUCCCCUUAUCUACAGUCUUCGAAACAAAGACGUGGCUGAAGCCCUGAAGAAAGUUCUUGGAAGAUAA